GCGCACUGCUUAUUUCCCGCUGUCAGGAUGAGGAGGCGGAGGUCGGCGGUCGGGUCCGUCUCUGCCGGCGGCUGUGGCGGCGCCGGCGGCUCCAGCCUUAGCGGUUCCUCCCUGGGCGGCGGCGGCGGCGGCUCGGUCGACGCCUCCUCCGCCAGCUGAGCCCGCGGGAGCCCGGGACGCCGCUUCCCCGCCCAUCCCCGCUCCCCGAGGCCGGCCGCCUGGUCAUGGCGCAGCCGGGCCCGGCUUCCCAGCCUGACGUUUCUCUUCAGCAACGGGUAGCAGAAUUGGAAAAAAUUAAUGCAGAAUUUUUACGUGCACAACAGCAGCUUGAACAAGAAUUUAAUCAAAAGAGAGCAAAAUUUAAGGAGUUAUAUUUGGCUAAAGAGGAGGAUCUGAAGAGGCAAAAUGCAGUAUUACAAGCUGCACAAGAUGAUUUGGGACACCUUCGAACCCAGCUGUGGGAAGCUCAAGCAGAGAUGGAGAAUAUUAAGGCGAUUGCCACAGUCUCUGAGAACACCAAGCAAGAAGCUAUAGAUGAAGUGAAAAGACAGUGGAGAGAAGAAGUUGCUUCACUUCAGGCUGUUAUGAAAGAAACAGUUCGUGACUAUGAGCACCAGUUCCACCUUAGGCUGGAGCAGGAGCGAGCACAGUGGGCACAGUAUAGAGAAUCCGCAGAGAGGGAAAUAGCUGACUUAAGAAGAAGGCUGUCUGAAGGUCAAGAGGAGGAAAAUUUAGAAAAUGAAAUGAAAAAGGCCCAAGAAGAUGCUGAGAAACUUCGGUCUGUUGUGAUGCCAAUGGAAAAGGAAAUUGCAGCUUUGAAGGAUAAACUGACAGAGGCUGAAGACAAAAUUAAAGAGCUGGAGGCCUCAAAGGUUAAAGAACUGAAUCAUUAUCUGGAAGCUGAGAAAUCUUGUAGGACUGAUCUAGAGAUGUAUGUAGCUGUUUUGAAUACUCAGAAAUCUGUUCUACAGGAAGAUGCUGAGAAACUGCGGAAAGAAUUGCAUGAAGUUUGCCAUCUCUUGGAGCAAGAGCGACAACAACACAACCAGUUAAAGCAUACGUGGCAGAAGGCCAAUGACCAGUUUCUGGAAUCUCAGCGUUUACUGAUGAGAGACAUGCAGCGAAUGGAGAUUGUGCUAACUUCAGAACAGCUCCGACAAGUUGAAGAACUGAAGAAGAAAGAUCAGGAGGAUGAUGAACAACAGAGACUCAAUAAGAGAAAGGAUCACAAAAAAACAGAUGUUGAGGAAGAAAUAAAAAUACCAGUAGUGUGUGCUUUAACUCAAGAAGAAUCUUCAGCCCAGUUAUCAAAUGAAGAGGAGCAUUUAGAUAGCACCCAUGGUUCCGUCCAUUCCUUAGAUGCAGACUUAUUGUUGCCAGCUGGAGAUCCUUUCAGUAAAUCGGACAAUGACGUGUUUAAAGAUGGACUCAGGAGAGCACAGUCUACAGACAGCUUGGGAACUUCGGGCUCAUUGCAAUCCAAAGCUUUAGGCUAUAACUACAAAGCAAAAUCUGCUGGAAACCUGGACGAGUCAGAUUUUGGACCACUGGUAGGAGCAGAUUCAGUGUCUGAGAACUUUGAUACUGCAUCCCUUGGGUCGCUCCAGAUGCCAAGUGGGUUUAUGUUAACCAAAGAUCAGGAGAGAGCAAUCAAGGCGAUGACACCAGAACAAGAAGAGACGGCGUCCCUCCUCUCCAGCGUUACCCAGGGCAUGGAGAGUGCGUACGUGUCCCCGAGUGGUUAUCGUUUAGUUAGUGAGACAGAAUGGAAUCUCUUGCAGAAAGAGGUGCAUAAUGCUGGAAAUAAACUUGGUAGACGUUGUGAUAUGUGUUCCAAUUACGAAAAACAGUUACAAGGAAUUCAGAUUCAGGAGGCUGAAACAAGAGACCAGGUGAAAAAACUACAGCAGAUGCUAAGGCAAGCUAAUGACCAGUUAGAGAAGACAAUGAAAGAUAAGCAGGAACUGGAAGACUUCAUAAAGCAAAGUAGCGAAGAUUCGAGUCACCAGAUCUCUGCACUUGUCCUAAGAGCCCAAGCAUCUGAGAUCUUACUUGAAGAGUUACAACAGGGAUUUUCCCAGGCAAAGAGGGAUGUUCAGGAACAGAUGGCAGUGCUGAUGCAGUCACGGGAACAGGUUUCAGAAGAGCUGGUGAGGUUACAGAAAGACAACGACAGUCUCCAGGGAAAGCACAGCUUGCAUGUGUCACUACAGCAAGCCGAAGACUUCAUCCUCCCAGACACUACAGAGGCACUGCGGGAGAUGGUACUAAAGUACCGCGAGGACAUCAUUCACGUGCGGACAGCAGCAGACCACGUAGAAGAAAAGCUGAAGGCCGAGAUACUUUUCCUAAAGGAGCAGAUCCAAGCAGAACAGUGUUUGAAAGAAAAUCUUGAAGAAACUCUGCAGCUAGAAAUAGAAAACUGCAAGGAGGAAAUAGCUUCCAUUUCUAGCCUAAAAGCUGAAUUAGAAAGAAUAAAAGUAGAAAAAGGACAGGCUACCGUUGAACAACUAAUGUUUGAAGAGAAGAACAAAGCUCAGAGAUUACAGACAGAAUUAGAUGUCAGUGAGCAAGUCCAGAGAGAUUUUGUGAAGCUUUCACAGACCCUUCAGGUGCAGUUAGAGCGGAUCCGGCAAGCAGACUCCUUGGAGAGAAUCCGGGCAAUUCUGAAUGAUACUAAACUGACAGACAUUAACCAGCUUCCUGAGACAUGACACCCUGAUGGCAGGAUUCUAGCCUGCACUUUGGGUUUUUAACUCAUCUUUAGAGCAACAUUAAUUAUUAUUUAACUCUUAACUGAAGAAAGAGAAGUCACAACAAAAGGAAGACUGGAGAAAUGCUUACUUCUAGAGGGAGAAGACUAUGCGGCACAGGAAACAGCAAACGGGGUGAUCUGCAGCCCAGAGACCUUCAAAUGCGAACACUGAUAACACCAGGCUUGAUUCCAACAGGCGUGGGAUCAGAUUCGGUGAUGGAAAAAGUGCUGUUUCCUUGCCUGCUUUCUCCAACAUAGAUUUUUGGAACACAUUUCCCUACCCUAAAGCGACAUCCCAGUAGUGUUUGGAAUUUUCUGUUCAUAGAUAUUGGAAGAGAAUUUGCUUUAUCUGUUGUCUAGAGCUCAUCAGUAACAGUAUUCAGUUAGCAGACAGAAGUGUAGUAUGCUGUAUGAAUAUUUUAUAUUAAAAUAUGAAGGUUUGGAGCAGGCCAUUGGCUACUGACUGUAUUUCCCUCACUCAGUACAUUUUUGUUUCCCUUUUACCAUUUUAUCUUGCUUUGGAGGACAUUAAAUGCUACUGAAACUUACCUGAGAACCAUAGGACUGUGGCAAACAAAACCAAUUCAGGAAGUGAAUUGAUGAUGAGGAUCUGAAAACUUGGCUAGGGCUAUAUAUACUGGAAGCUGAAGGUUAAAGGAAAAGCACAAGAAACUUGGGAAGCACUUUUUCUGCAUACUUAGAUGAUCUUCAUGGGCCCACAGGUACCAGGAUAAAGCCGAACUGGUACCAUCUACUCUUUUGAAGUGUUUUAGUCUAGUUAUUGGAUCAGUGAAAAACAUUAAUAAAACAAGCUUUGUCUGAGAACCUCUAGUAUACAUUUAUAAAUCUGCUUAUUUUUCAACUUGGAUCAUUAGGCUUACAUACUACUUGUUUCAAAUGUGUCAAAUACAAAAAUGGUAACUAGGUUGACAGAUAUUUUGUAUUUUUCUUUUAAGUCCAGACCUGGAAUGUAAGGGACAAUGCUUAUGGAGAGCCAGUUAGAAUACUGAUCAGUCUGGAAAUCUGCCUUGCCAUUUUACAAGCAUUAGAUUCCUUUCCUGUGCGAAGAAAGCCUCCGUGAAACAGGUCUUUGCCAUAACUUUAUGAAGUGCUACAGAAAGCACAAAGGAUUGAUUCACGUUCACCAAUACCUGCUGAGAGUACUGUCCCAGGAAGAUCCACUGGAUGGAUCAUCAUCCAGGAGGUUCAAAAGUAAAAUGGUUUUCAAAUCAUUUUUGAGAUUGGUUGCAUAACAGUAAGGUACCUGAAAGAAGGCUUCUGGGAGUUAGUGAACUAGGUAGAUUGUUUUGUUCACAUAAAGCCACCAUCAACUUAAAGUGAAUUGUCUGUUAUAAAUGAGGUCACUAUGGACUUGCCCUAAAGAUCUUUACUCCUGUACGUCUGUCUUCCAUAGGACAAAUGAUAAGUACUACAUACCUCAUCUCUUGGGUUAUUAUUGUAGUCUUGCAUUCAUGAUUAUGAAUUUAAAAAUAAAUAUUAAUUAUGGAAAUAGUA